AUGGCCGGGAUAUUUCGAAAGGUAUACGACUGGUUGCUCAGGACGUUCUGGGCAACCGAGCUCGAUGUCACGAUGCUUGGACUGCAGAACGCCGGCAAGACGUCGCUACUCAGAGUGCUGUCUGGCGGCGAAUUCACGGUCGACACGAUUCCGACCGUCGGAUUCAACAUGAAACGAGUCCAGCGAGGGCACGUCACCCUCAAGUGCUGGGACCUGGGCGGCCAGCCUCGAUUCCGGCCGAUGUGGGAGAGAUAUGCUCGCGGCGUGGACGCCAUUGUCUUCGUUGUUGACAUCGCCGACAUCGACCUGCUGGCGACGGCGCGGGACGAGCUGCACUCGCUGAUGGAGCGACAGUCCCUCGAAGGCAUACCUCUGCUCGUGCUGGGCAACAAGUCGGACCUGCCCAACAAGGUCACGAUGGACGAGCUCAUCGAUGCAAUGGAUCUCAAGAAUAUCGGGCAUCGCGAGGUGUGCUGCUAUGGCAUCAGCGCCAAAGAGGAGACGAAUCUCGAAGCCGUGAUCCAAUGGCUCAUGAAGUGGGCGCAUAACAAAUGA